ACUACCGCAAAAUACGGACGUUCGCUACGACGGUUCCGGUGAGCGUUUCGCGGGAAUCAGCCGCGGCCAAUCAUCUGAUUAGUCCAGUGCACAUUUUAAAUUUUAUUAUUGUCGUUUUACGUCUAGUCUGUAUUAUAAUUACGUUAGAAAUUAGCACACACAACUUCGGUCAACAUGGAUCCAAACUUCAAACGGAGGACCGUUCACCGGAGCAUAUCGUUACUGCUCAAAGAUAUCGACGAAAUGUCCCUCACAGAAGUAGGGACGUCGAAUCCGACAGUCAACAUCGAGGACAAUGGCACGACCAGCACCGUUCCUAUGGACGAUGUAGAUCUUACCGUCGACAAUAGUUUGGCCUGCUACUCCCUAGCCGAAGAGUAUGACGAGAAUCUGGGCUUCUCGGAUUCGAUCACCAUCGUAUCGAUGGGUGGCGAAGGUCCCGUUCUGGUUCAGCGCAAGGAAGGCGACGCGGAGAGUUACACACCAGAAUCGGAAAUUCCGUACUCGUGUGUCCACAAUCCACCAGUAAAAUUUAACUCAAUGCACAGGAACAUAUUCGUCCCGGGGAUGGAAAUCAAUGUGGAAAUCACAGAUUACGAUCGCAGUUUGACGGCGCAUAUUUUGAAUCCCAAUCUGUACACAAUCAAAUUCACUCACGGACCAUUUACGUGGACUAUAAAAAAACGCUACAACCAUUUCCGCAACCUACACCAACAGCUGACGACGUUUCGAGCAUCGCUGAACAUACCAUUUCCCACCAAAAGUCACAGGGAGCGACGAUCGAGCUUCAGAAAUAUGCACAAUGUACAUCAAUGCACUGCUUCGCCAAUAAUGCAAAUGAAGCUAGAAAAGCCAAAUAAAAAGCGAAAGAGAAGUGCUCUCCCGCGAUUUCCUUUGAAACCUGACUCUCUAGUGUCGUUCGAUACCAUUCCAGAACGUAAGAAGCAGCUGGAAGAAUAUCUCUAUAAUUUACUUAACAUUUCACUAUACCGAAACCACCAGGACACGAUCAAUUUCCUCGAGGUGUCCCACAUAUCCUUCAUUGCAGCUCUAGGUGAGAAGGGAAAGGAAUGCUUACUAAAGAAACGAACUGGGUCCACCCGGGCUGGUCAGGCCGGGUUCAAUUGCUGCGGUUGCUUAACGGCCGGAUGUUGCGUGCGUUGCAGUCACUUUUGUUCGGACGUAGUCUGGAGUAAAUGGCGAAAUCGGUGGUUCUUCGUGAAGGAAACUUGUUUCGGGUACUUUCGUCCGAAGGACGGUGUGCUUCGUUCCGUGGUGCUUUUUGAUCAGGGAUUUGACAUUUCCUCCGGAAUGUACAGCACCGGGAUGCGUAAUGGACUGCAAAUUGCGACUAAUUCGAGGUAUUUGGUGAUCAAACAUCCAACCCGGCGGACGGCAAAGGAAUGGAUGGCUUACAUGAAACGGGUCGCGAAUGAUUCCGCAAGAGAUUUCACUUUACCCAACCCGCACCAAUCAUUUGCACCGAGCCGACCGGGCAUGCAGGCUGGCUGGUUUGUGGAUGGUGCUAGCUACAUGAGUGCCGUGGCGGAUGCACUCGAAGGAGCCACGGAGGAGAUUUUCAUUACCGACUGGAUGCUGAGUCCGGAGAUUCAUAUGAAACGACCUGCCCUGGAUGGGGAUUAUUGGCGCUUGGAUAAGAUUUUAAAGCGUAAGGCAGAACAAGGAAUUAGGAUUUUCGUUCUGCUUUUCAAAGAACUCGAUUUCGCUCUAGGGAUCAAUAGCUACUAUAGCAAGCAAAAACUAGUGGAGCAACAUGAAAACAUCAAGGUCCUCCGUCAUCCCGAUCAUGCUCGAGCAGGCAUCCUGUUUUGGGCACACCACGAAAAGCUGGUGAUAGUGGAUCAAACGUAUGCUUUUGUGGGUGGCAUUGAUCUUUGCUACGGUCGCUGGGACGAUUAUAAACAUCGGUUAACCGAUUUGGGAAGCAUUUCUAGUAGCAAUUGCAGUACGGCAAAUAACACCACCGUGCGGAAGCCAUCGACUGUUGUCGAGCUGGAUGGAGGAGGUGCGGUGUCUAAUUUGAUGAGAGCAUCGAAGAACAUUGCCGAAGCAACGGCUUUAGAUACUGUUGACCGGGCUCUUCCGGUGUUGGAACCCGGUAACAAGCUGCUGAUAGCGGCAGCACAGAAGCUAUCUCAAGCGCCAAAGAGUGAAAGUGAGGAGAUUCCUGAGAACAUUAAGAAGGACACACCAGAAAUGGAGAGGAAAAAUAUCAUGGGGAAAAUAAAGGACAUGGGCCGAGAUCUGAAGAAUAUGAUAAUAUUAAACGAAAACGAAGGUGACCAGGGAUUGGGAGCAAAGAGCAGCUCCAGUAGUCCGGGAUAUUUGUCUGAAGAAGAAAUUCAACUAAGAAAUAAUUCAACGGUUGAAUCCCCUCAAAACGCGAACGACAAAAACCAGAGCGGUGUAACGAGCCCUGCUCCAUUUCAGAGCAAAAUUGUUUUUGAACUUGAUGGUCAGGCCAAACUUUGGAUUGGAAAGGACUAUAUUAAUUUCAUCGUGAAAGAUUUCUCCAACUUGGAUAUGCCAUAUGUAGAUCUUGUUGACCGUUCAACUACUGUCCGUAUGCCCUGGCACGAUGUGGCUACCGUCGUUUUAGGUCAGGCUGCCCGUGAUGUUUCUCGGCAUUUUAUUGAACGAUGGAACGCAGUGAAGUUGGAGAAAUGUCGAGAGAAUAAUCAGUAUCCAUAUCUCUUGCCAAAAAGCUACAAUGACAUUCGGGUAGACAGUCGUUUUCUGGAUGUCCAGCUACAUCACGUAACUUGUCAAGUAUUACGAUCUGCUUCCAGCUGGAACUGCGGUUUCAUUGAGCAGGAUUGCGUUGAGCAAAGUAUUCACGAGGCGUAUGUGCAAACCAUUUCAAAAGCGCAGCAUUACAUUUACAUUGAAAAUCAGUUCUUCAUUAGUUUGGAGCUGGGUAAUCCAACUGUGAAGAACCAGAUCGCAGAAUAUUUAUUUAAGAGGAUAAUGAGAGCGUACCGUGAGAAAAAGGUGUUCAGAGUGUACGUGGUUAUGCCGCUUCUUCCAGGUUUCGAGGGAGAUGUCGGGGGUGCCAGUGGAAUCUCGUUACGGGCCAUAACUCACUGGAACUAUGCCUCCAUAUGCAGAGGAAAGAACUCGAUACUGUCUCGACUGUACUCAGCCGGCAUCAGGAACCCUUUCGAAUAUAUUUCUUUCCAUAGUUUACGAACACAUUCAUCGCUGAACGGUGUUCCAGUAACUGAAUUGAUUUACGUUCACUCUAAACUGCUGAUAGCCGAUGAUCGAGUAGUUAUUUGUGGAUCGGCCAACAUCAACGACCGGUCUCUGCUAGGAAAGAGAGAUUCAGAAGUGUGCGUCAUGAUUACUGAUGAAAGCUUCGAGGAAGGUCAUAUGAAUGGCGAUUCUUACCCGUGCGGAGUUUACGCUGGGAAAUUGCGUAAAUACUUAUUCAAAGAACACUUAGGUCUGCUAGAAAACAAUACCAACCGAAGUCCGGUUGAUUUGUCCGAUCCGGUGAUUGAUUCGUUCUGGAAUGGAAUUUGGCGAUGGACUUCCCGAAAAAAUACACGCCUAUUCGAUGAAAUCUUCCGCUGUAUACCGUCCGAUAAUGUGCAAUCAUUUGUUAUGUUGAAAAAGUUUCUUGAAGAAAAGAGCCUAGCUCUAACGGAUCCGGAGGGGACACAGAAGGCAUUGCAGAGGAUCGAAGGGAAUUUGGUGGACUUACCGCUGAAAUUUUUGUGCAAUGAAGUACUGACACCGCCGGGGACAAGUAAGGAAGGUAUUAUGCCAACAUACAUGUGGACUUGAAGGAAGUCGUACUCUGUUUGUGUUGUUGACCAGUUGUUAGUAUUUAUAGUUACAUAAGUUUUUUUAUUUGUGUAAGCAAAAAUUACAUCACCUUCACAAAGGUGAAGAACAAAACAAUCAUUCCAUCGAGAAAUGUACAAUUUUAACUGUUUAAAAACUUGACAUAUUCCAAGUAUUGAUGGUCAACAGAAAAUAAAGUUUGACUUUGCGUUUUUAA